AUGAACUCCCCUACGCAUUCAACUCACGAAUCGGAGCGCCUCUCGUGGAAAGAACUUCCAGACAUCCUAGAAAUUGCGCGAGAACGGGCCAGUAUUAUUUACCAUGACCGCCCGCUGUUGUGUCAAGCUUUGCAGGAGUCAUAUGGCAACGCUCUUCAGGCCUGUAAUGACGAGCUGGAAAGAAUCCUCCACCAACAGUUGGAGGCAGAGUGGUGGAUUACGGAUGAUUAUAACCAAAAUCGUGCUAUCUCUGCUGCUUGGCAAAUAACGGCUGAUGAGGCUGCACUUGAACCUGUUCCAGAUGUUUUGGACUCCUUACUUCUUCGCAGUCAGGUAGCACCCUAUCGCGCGGAUUACUCGCAUCCACCGCUCUCGCAAGGCCCACCUUCUCCCCCCAGCCCUGUAGAUACUGGCGCUACAAAUACGGCAAAUGCGCCACCAAACAAAGUAAAGAAGACGAAGAAAGGCGAGAAAGAACGUACCGGCGGUGAGGGUUACGACAAGCUUGCAGGAGCACCUUCUAUGUCACUUCCGUUCCCGGAUGGGAACAUUACUCUAGCUGAGAUAUGUGCUUUCUUACCACAAUCAAUCAAGUCUUGGGAUAUUAUUGACCGUUUGAUCUGGAACGGUGUCACGACGGUUACAUUGGUAACAAUGAUAAAUAAAUUUCGAGACAUGCCCCGUGGCAAUAUCGAGAAUAGCGCCAUAUACCGCAUGAUGAAGGGCCAAGCCGGCCAUCGGGCUCGACAAGAACCUCAAUAUAAAGGUUGGACUGUCGGUGCCCACCAAAAUAUUCCGAAACCACCUGGAUAUGACCCAGGGAGCAAUACCGCGCCAGAUGUGCUCUUCCGCGACCUCGCAAAUGGGGUUAAGAUCUGGCCAUCGGAAUUCGAUGCUCUAGACCUUACACGUUGUGUCCACUACUGUGUGGAUCAUCCAGAGGAGGACUGGUUUUACCCAUCUGAUUUUGGGAGACUGCUGGCCGGACUCCCUCAAUAUUCUGAAAAUGAGAGAGAUCCUCCCGGUCCCGCUGUGGUAUACUAUGAACAUACAGACGCAGCUAGUGUUGAGCGCCAUACUUCUUCAGCGGCUCUUAAGAAUGCCAAAGAUACUUAUAAACGAAAGCGCGAUAACCGUGGUCGACUUUUACGAAAGAGCAAUGCACUUUCCAAGGUGGACGAGGAAUCGUCAAAAUCAGAGCAUUCCUAUGACUCGGGGGAAGAUAAUGACGACCAAAAUUCAAAGGCCAAGUCGAAGUCUACGAAGAGCAAGCAGAUUUCUGGCAAAACGCUCAAUGAGGGAGAUCAACCAGCCAUCAAGCGCCGAAAGCCUUCAACUAAAGCACGAGUUAACCGUAAAAUGGCGGCUAAAGCUCCUAAGAAGCGUUCCCUUCCAAAGACUGGGCGUCCCCGUCACCAACGCGAGAUCAGAUUGGAGGAUCUUGAAUCCGAAUCCGAACCAGAAGCGGAGCCAGAAGUCGCUCGUUCUCCUAUGAAACGGAAGGCGGCAUCGCAAGAGCACAACUCGGAUAAUGACUCGGACAACUACCAGGGGCCGAAGCGUCAGAAGAAGGGUAAGGACGCAGUUGUUCGGAAGUCUCGCCGGACAAAGCGCUUUGGAGGUUCUUACGACGUCGACGCUGCUCUGCAGACGGAAGAGGAGUGA